UUCAUUCAUGAAGUGUCUUGGAUACACUCGUGAGUGAAUGAAUGAGUAUCUCAUUGGUCGAGGCCCCGCCUGCACCGCCAGUCAGUUAGCGAAUUGCCGAGUGAUCGCACACAUAGCGCACAGAGCGCACACCACACACGCGUGACAUACAUGACCACUGACUGACUGGGACGGACAGAUAAAAAGACACUAUCAACCAUAUCAUUCGACAAUGGCCUCAUAUUUCUCCCAUAUGAAGCUGACAGACAGACAGGCGAACAAACGGCCGUCGAUCCAUCCAUCCAUUGGCCCGCUGUGUGUCCUGCCUGCCUGCCUGCCUGCCUUGCUUUGCCCGCCUCGCCUCGCAUGGCCUACCUGUAAAGUUCGUCGGCGCACUUGCAGUAGACCGUCUCGGCACUGUUGUACAGCCUGCAGUUGUCGAACAUGAGUUUGAGCUCGGCGCCGAAGGUGGCCUUGUCCGGGAACUCUGAGGGAGUGAAACCAUCCAUACAUCCAUCCAUCCACAAAUCAGCCAACCGAGGCAGGCAGGCUCGCUUACCGUGGUUCUUGACCUUCUUCUGCAUCGUGCUCAAAUCUGCCCACCACGAGUCCCAUCAGGCACUCACUGGCUGCAGCUGUGUGUGUAUGUGUGUGUGUGUGUGUGUGUGUCCGACUGAGUGGCAUGCCCACCCACCCACCCACCCACCUGUGGGAUGUGUGAUGACCUGGUAGUAGUCGGGCGCCUCAGCCAAGGUCACCGGCUUCUGCACACAUACAUACCCAACACACACAUCCCAUUCAUUCCAGGAGGCACAGCCAGCCAGCCACCGACCCACUCCCUGACUGACUCACUGACCCUGAAGGGCCACGACUUGGGGUGGUUGACGAGUGCCUUGAGGAUGGCCGUGAACUGCUCCUCCAAAGACUGGUGGUCCGCACUGCACACAUCACACACCACACACACCACAUCUCCAUGCGAUGCUUGUGUGUGUGUGUGUAUGCGUGGGUAAGGGGCGCGUACGCGGUCUUCUGGCGCUUCGCAGGGUUGUCCUUCCACCCAGCAUUCACUGCACACAAACGACGUCGCGUAAGAGAGAGAGAGAGAGAGAGAGUGGGUGUGGGGGGAUGGGUGGGGGGGGAUGGGGGCUGAUGUGUGUGUCUUGUGUGUCGGUGGUUUCUUCUCUACUUACCGACUCCGGGUAUGUCUGAUGGGUGUAGAGGUACGCCGGGGUUGGUCACGAAGUACUGGAUGCCCUCGAAGGACGUCUUGGACUUGUGCAGCAUGAUCUGCUCAAACAACCACUGAACUCACACACACACAUACACACACAGAGAGACGGACCGACCGACCGAUCCACACCACAUGGUGUUCGAAUGUUGAUGUGUGUGUGUGUGUGUGUGUGUGGUUUGCGUUAGUACGUUCUUCUGGAGUUUGAUCAUAUCCCCGAUCUUCCUGUAGUUGACCAGGCUCGAUAUGCGGCACUCCAUCAACGUGCCUGACACACAACAACACAAACACCGACACACACCACGGUCACACGAGUGAGUGCAUCGAGUGCACUCCUUCCUACUCGUUCCUAUGCUGUGUGUGAUGCACUGCACUGACCCCCGUCGUAUUCCUUGAUAUAGCCGCUGUGACGGUCCUUGGGCAGUGACACCGUCUUGGUGAAACCCUGAACAAACGGUGAAAUAAAUGGCAUGCACGCGUGUGUGCGCAUGGCCCGCCCCUUGUCCGUCCGAUGGCCAUACAUCACGGGCCAUCCCUACUCACUCCUUCACCCACCUGUUUCUGGAAGUAUCCGAUGGCGAAGUUGUCGGCAAACGUGAGGAAGUAGUCAAUACCUGCACUCCCCCAUCCAUCCAAUCGAUGGAUGGGCCCGUGCGAGUGAGUCUCUGUGUGGUGUAGGUACCGUACCAGUGCCCAUGGUCUUGACAUAUUCCUUCAGGUGGUUCAUCAGACGAGUGCCGUAACCCUACACAACACACAUCCCACACACCACACACACACACCCCACACACACACACAGGUGUCAACGCGCCGUAAUGGCUCGUGUGGGUUGGGUGGUUGGCUUAAUUUGUGUGGGCGAGCACCGUUCGUCCUUACCUUGACCUGCUCGGUGGACGUGAUGGCCAGGAAGGCAAUCUCAGCGAAACGCUGCACACACACCGAAACCAGGAAGGAACGUGCAGACAGAAACACACACGCCGUGUGUAUGUGUGUGUGCGUACUACCUGCUCGAAGAAGGGCCUGAAGCAGAUGCCCCCGAUAAUCUUGUCCUGGACACACGACACGACACGACACGACACACGCAUAUAUCCGUCCAUCCAUCCAGGCAGCAGGCCGUCCUCUCUUGGCGCAUUUAUUGCUGCACUCACUGAUUGCCGUUCGUGUGUGUGAGUAGAUAGCCCACCUUACCUUUUUCUUGAGGCAGUAUGAGAAGUGUUUCCUGUCAAAGACGAGCCGCACGAUGUACUCCCGGGGCAUCUUGGGCAACUGACGCGAGAAGAUGUUCUGACACACACACACACACACACACAAUGGGGGGAUACACACAACACACGUGUGUGCGUCAACUCAACAUACGCAUGCAUUUGUGUGGAGUGGAUGACGUGACGCCAGCCAACCUACCUUGAGGUGGACAAGCUUCAUGAGAUUUUCCCGCGACCCAUCGUUGGAUAUGCACUCGAACCAUAUGAUGCCUGCACACACACAUAGACACAUAGACAACAUGCACACCACAGAUGGAUGGAUGGAUGGAUGGAGGGAUGGAGGGAUGGAGGAAGGGAUGGGCCGGUGGCGGUGCGUACCCAGGUCCUCCUCCGCCUUGCCCCCCGAGUCGCGCAGCAAGAAGCCCAGACCACUCUGAACACACCACAUUCAUGUCACACAGAGAGACGUAGCAUAGCACGCAGUUAUGAUGCACCUUCUUCAUGACACACGAACCUCUGAUGCAAGGAAGCUCUCCGGGCUGGGCGCCGGGCCCUGACCACCCUGACCCUCAGCGGCAGCGGCCAACAACCUCUGCAGGCACACAACCACAUACGCACACACACAGAUGGAUGGACCCCCACACGCACGCACAGUGGGAGUCCAUCUAUCUAUCUAUCUAUCUACCCUUUCUAGGUCAUCAGCGACGGCAGGGUCUUCAGCGGUGCAUUCCGCGGCCAGCUGACACAACAUCUGACGGAAGCGGUCCUCACCCAACACCGGCACCACAACACCUGCGCACACCACACACGUGUGUGUGUCGGUGUCUGUCUUUGUGUGUGCAUGCCUGUGGAUGGGCUGUGCGUGCGUGCUUACCUCUGAGGCCCCUGGCGGUCUCGUGUGUGUGUGUCUGCAGGAAGGUGAGCAUCAUGGUGCGGCCGAAGAAGGACGUGAUGCGGUGGCCCUGCAGCCGCUCGCACGUCAUGAAACGACUGUACCUGACCGACGGACGACACGCACGACACACAUGAAGGACAGACACGUGUGUUGUGUACAGUACACUCUCCAAGGGAAAUGCGCACGUGCGUACAUACUCGGCGUAUCUUUCGCGAUACCGCUCGAGCUCCGCCUCAUCCUACACAGACACACACACACACACACACAUUGAGGCACACACACUCUAUCUGUGUCCACCACACACACGAAUGUCUGUCUGUGGUUACUUACCUUCUGUGCGCCUCCUUUGCUGGCGUAUGCCUCGGGGUCUGUGAGGGGCAGGGUGUCGACGAAGCGCUUCAUGGCCUGCAGCAGCGACCCGUAGUCGGCCGACUGGUGCAAAACGCACUCGUCGCGCUUCCGCUUCUGAACACACACACACGCACACACGAGGUAGUGCAAAUCAUGCAUCGGCAAGGUGGUCGCAUCCAUCGCAUCCAUGGCAGCGAUUGACCUACCCACCAGUGGGUUGGGCAUCGUCCUCUCCAACACCGAACGCAGAAGCUGACAUGACAUGACAUGACACACACACAUACAUGCAUAGGAUACACACAUGCAUUGCAAACGGGCCAUCCAUCCAUUCGUCCACUGCACACUGCAUCCCUCCCAUCCGUCGAUUCGAUCAACCGCACCUACCUCUUCAAUAGUGCAUCCAUUGUCUAGUUCAGCGUCCCUCGUGGCCUUCCACCGCACAUCAUCCCCCUCCCCUCUGCCGCCCUCACCCUUACCCCUACCCUCAGCCACACCCACACCCAUGCUCUCAUCUCUAUCGCCAGCAGCAGCCGGUGCUGCAGCCGCCGCCGUCACUGCUGGUGGUAGUGGUGGUGGAGGUGGUGGUGGUGGUGCGGCAGAUGCUGCUGCUGGUGCUGGUGUGCCAUCGAGCACCCUGAGCUCUUGGGGCAGGGGGGGCGGCGGCAUCAGCGCACGGUCGAAACUACUGCUAGAUGAGGACGCCCCCUGACAGAGGCACGAAACACACACAACACAUUCAUCGCAUCAUGACAGUGCAGACGUGAGCAAGCGGUGGAGGUGGUUGCCUGUGCCCAUAAACAGGCUCACCCGGUGCCCCGGUGUCGGCUCAGGCGGCGUUGGCUCAGGUACUGGUUGGCCAUUGACCUGGUCGGCAGGCGGGCCAGCAGGAGGCUGGGAAGGCUUCUCCCGUUUUCUCUCCCCCCCUCCCACAUCCCUCGGCACCGCUGUCGCCCCGCGGCCACCCUAGAAGAGCAGCAACCAUCACAGAGACCUCAUGAACAACAUGGUGGGCGGUUACACACGAACACGCCACGGUUCUUCGAUACCAAUGGGUUCAGCACACGACCAUGAGCCCAUGCAGCGUACCUGUGCGGGUGGUAGGUCCUGCAGAGGCCCUCCGAAGCCGUUCCAUAUCGGUGUGGACAUCAUUUCGACAGAAAACACGAUUUCGUUGAUCUACAUGACUGCAGCGGCUUCAUACUAGUCCACACAGACACCGAAAUGAGGGAUUUG